UGGAAAACAGUUACGGCUAAUAACGGCCAAUAGAUUCGGCGUGGCCGCAUUUGCUCGAUUUCGCGCGCGACAACGCGAUUUCCUGUUUCGUUUUGUGCCGCGGUGUUGUUCGAUCGAGAUUAAUUCAAUUGCAUCGUGGACCGCAUCCACUCCCACGACUUUAUCAGGGAAACGGUCGAUGCGGCUCGUGCGUGCACACCACGGCCGGAUACCAUUGGCAAAGAGUACGCAUAUAAUUGAAAUGCGCGGCUAGAUCAAGUGGUAAAUGAAUUGACGAAAUCCAUUUAGCCGUAUGCCCGCUCAGUCGGAAUUGGAAUAAGCUCGUGAAGCGUCCAUCCUUGUAACCUGGUGUAUUAUCGAAGUGACGCUGCGUUGACAUAUUCCAUCCUUUGGAAAGUGAAGCGAGCACGUUUUUCAUUUAGAAAGAAAAUCUUGAUCUUGAUUGAUUAAUAUCGAGAAUAUUAUUCGAUGGGUAUAUUGUGGGAACGUUGAUACAGAUCUCACUUCGUGAUUUGUUAACAAUAUAUACAUAUAUACAAUAAUACAAAUAGUUAUAUAAAAACGAGAUGUUUUAAAAUGCUUGUUAUUCUUUCGUGUCAGUAAUUACACGAGACAAUGAUUUCUGAUAAAAUCACGAAUCCAAUCACGUUAUAUUCUCAGAUUUUUUCCUAUAAACUUAAUAAAUAAAAAAAAACAGUGUUUAAUGAUAAAUUGAAGUACUUGUGUAUCAGAAUACAAUACGUUUUGUGGAUCAAAAUGUUUUUGUGGUUGUUAACAGUUUGUAUGUUACAAUGCACGGUACAGGCAGCUUACGAGAUAGUGUUCGAAGAUUCUGAAUGUUUCGAUAUAAACGAAAAAUAUAUAAAGGAAUGUGAAAUAAAUAUAGAAUACGAUAGUACAUAUGGAUCCAAAAUGAUUUCAUAUCUGGAAAUCCUUGAAAUUCCUGAAAAUUCUAUCAAAGUGGAAAUUGAUACGUUCUCCACUCAAAUGGGUGAAUAUACACUUCCUAUGCCACUUCGUAUAGAAGGUUAUUUAUGUGACUUUGUAAAAGAAAAAGAUUCUAUGGGAUACUUAUUUAUGAAGUCAGUAAAUAUAAACACUUGUCCUCCGACACCAGGAAUUUACGAACAAGAAGGAUUUGUAAUUGACAAUAUGGAUUCUUUACCACCUUCAUUUCCGGAAGGUCAUUAUUUAUUAAAUUCGACGUUAUCAUUUAAUAAUAUCGUAUUAUUGCGUAUUAAUUUAUAUAUAAGAAUAUAUUAAUUAAUUAUCAAAACAUAAUUGAAAAUAUCAAAAUAAAUGUUCAUUUUUAACAGCAUA